AUGAACAUUCAAUUACUUAUACAGUCUUUCAUUGUGGCUACAUUAUGCCAAACGACUUCUGCAAACCUAUCUCGCCGGGAUACUAAUAGCUCUGUUAGUGGUUAUGACUUCGUAGAUCCUCUAAUCGGCACUCGUAAUGGAGGUCAUGUCUUUGCCGGAGCAACCUUGCCAUUUGGAAUGGCGAAAGCAGUUGCGGAUGUCACAAGCGAUAACCAGGGAGGGUAUGCCUCAAAUGGAAGCCCAGUUACAGGCUUCUCUCAUAUGCACGACUCGGGCACUGGUGGUGCUUCAUCACUUGGAAAUUUCCCAGUCUUCGUUUAUCCAGGCUGCGCGAAUGACGACGUAAACGGAUGCAUUUUCCCUAAGACCCAGCGCAGUGUCCAAGUUGUUGAUGGGAGUGUUUUAGCUCGUCCUGGCUAUUUCACAAUUGAUCUCAUCUCUGGUAUAAGGGCCGAGAUUACAGCUACAAACCACACGGCUCUUUACGAUUUCACAUUCUUCGGCAAUGCUACAGGAAAUGCUUCUGUAGACGCACCCUUAAGCCCUCUGUUCAUUUUCGAUCUGACAGAUUUGCCCAAUACUCGCCUCAAUGGUAGUGUAUCUGUCGAUCCAGAUACCGGUAGGAUCUCUGGGAACGGAACCUUCCUGCCUAGCUUUGGAACCGGUACAUAUACGCUGCAUUUCUGUGCCGACUUUCCUCAAGGAGUUUCUAUACGCGAUACGGGGGUGUUCAUGAACACUAGGGCUGGUAGUGAUCCCAAGAAUAUCGUAUUGGGACAGGACAAUAAUUCCCCUCCCCUGCCAGCAGGAGCCUACACUUGGCUCAAUGAGGUUGAAACAGGCACCACAAUCACGGUUCGGGUCGGGCUUUCAUUCAAGAGUGUUGAGCAAGCUUGCGGGUCCGCCGAGGCAGAGGUGCCAGACUUCAGCUUCUCAAAAACUUUAGCCGCCGCAGAAGAUGUUUGGAAAGAUAAACUCUCAGUCUUAAGUAUCGACACCACUGGCUUUGAAGACACCUCUUUGCAGACAAUCUUCUGGAGUGGUGUAUACAGGGCAAUGUUGAGUCCCCAGGAUUAUACCGGUGAAAACUACCUCUGGGAAAGCGACGAACCGUACUACGACUCAUGGUACUGUAUAUGGGAUAGUUUUCGAUCUAUUCACCCCUUCAUUACCCUAGUGGACCCCUAUUCCCAAACUCUGAUGAUUCGCUCUCUCAUCGAUAUUUACCGUCACGAAGGGUGGUUACCGGACUGCCGAAUGUCCCUCUGUAAAGGAUGGACUCAAGGAGGGUCUAACGCUGAUAUCGUGCUGGUAGAUGCGUUUCUCAAGAACAUUACACAAGGUGUUGACUGGGACACUGGGUAUGAGGCAUUGGUAAAGGAUGCAGAAGAUGAACCGCCGGUGUGGGACUACGAAGGUCGUGGCGGGUUGUAUAGUUGGAAGAAGUAUGGUUACAUUCCCGCAGAUGACUUCGACCCGUACGGCAAUGGCCUAUUCACAAGAAGUAUAUCCAGAACUGUGGAGUAUGCUUACAACGACUUUUGUAUCGCAGAAAUGGCGAAGGCGCUAGGCAAGCAAGAUGAUUACGAGAAGUAUACCAAGCGGUCUGGGAAUUGGGUCAACUUAUACAAUGCCGAUCAGGCCUCGGAUAUAAACGGUACGGACACCGGCUUUACUGGUUAUCUACAACCAAGGUAUUUAAAUGGUACCUUUGGAUACCAGGACCCGACGCUUUGCUCUUCUGUUAUGUCAUUUGACUCUUGCUACCUCAACCCGGGUGGCCAUGAGACAUAUGAGGGUAGCCCCUGGCUUUACACUUUCUUCGCCCCUCACGAUAUGGCAACCCUAAUCACCACCCUUGGCGGACCCGAUACAUUUGUCAAUCGUUUGGACUAUCUUCACGAGAGCGGUAUCCUUUAUGUCGGUGACGAACAAGCAUUUUUAACCAUAUUCCAAUACCAUUACGCUGGUCGCCCUGGUAAAUCGACCGAGCGAGUCCACUACUAUAUACCCAGCCAGUUCAACACCACAACGGCAGGCAUCCCCGGAAAUGACGAUUCAGGCGCCAUGGGUUCAUUCGUAGCCUUGGCGAUGAUGGGUAUAUUUCCAAAUCCUGGACAGGACAUUUAUUUUAUUACGGCCCCUUUCUUUCCGUCCGUCUCGAUCACCAAUCGCAUAACAGGUAAUACAGCAACGAUCAAGACCAGUAACUUUGACAUCGCGUACAAGAAUAUUUACAUACAAAGCGCAAAGCUUGACGGGGAGGAAUACACGAAGAAUUACCUCACGCACAGCUUCUUCCUCGAGGGCGGUACAUUGGAACUCACGUUGGGCGAUAAGGAGAGCACGAGCUGGGGUACAGGAGACGACGAUGUACCACCAAGCGUAAGUACGAGUAAAGACUAG